UCCUUUCUCCCAGAGCUUCUGAGCGUGCCGUUCCCAGCUAUCGUUUACCUGCGCAGAGCAUCCAGAGCCGGUUCUCCCCUGAAAGGACAGUCGCACUGCAGCAAGCUGAGAGGAGCAAACGGAAAAUAUUUUUUUACAACCAAGAAGUCCAACCUGUAUCAGCUGAAAUGCUGCUGAAAAAAAUCCGACAUGUGCAGCUACUUCCACUUCUUUGUGCAGUCUGCCAUCUCACUCUGGCCUUUCCAGCUCAAACGCCACUUCCAUAUGAUGAGGUGCAGGAGCUCCACGUGAGCAUCCCCGACUCAGGUCCAAUUUUCGCUCCGCUGGGCAGCUCCAUUUCCAUCCCCUGUGUGGUGUCUCUGUCCUCGAUAACCACCUCCACCUCUGCAGCCCCUGUUGUACCAAGGAUUAAGUGGUCAGUCAUAUCAGGUGGGGUGGAGACACAGAUAUUAGUGGUACAGGGUCUGAGGGUGAAGGUCAAUGAGGCGUAUCGAGACCGAGCGGCAUUGCUCAACUACACCUCCUUGCCUGAUGAUGCAUCACUGUUGUUGGGAGAUUUGCGCCCCAGUGACUCAGCUCACUAUCGCUGUGAGGUGCAGCAGGGCCUGGAGGAUGCCAGUGACCUCAUGGAACUCAAGGUCAAAGGUGUUGUGUUCCACUACAGAGAUGCUUUGGGCCGGUAUGCCUUUUCCUUCCAUCAGGCCCAGAGGGCUUGUGAGGCCAUCGGGGCACGAAUCGCCACUGCCGACCAGCUGCUUGCAGCUUAUUAUGACGGAUAUGAGCAGUGUGACGCUGGCUGGCUUGCAGACCAGUCUGUCAGAUAUCCAAUUCAAGUGCCUCGUGAAGGCUGCUAUGGAGACAUGGAUGGGCAACCAGGAGUGAGAAACUAUGGGACAAUGGAUCCAGACAGUCUGUUUGAUGUUUAUUGCUAUGUAGAACAAAUUAAUGGGGAGGUUUUCCAUGACUCCAUCCCACAGCAUUUAACAUUUAAUGAAGCGCAGUCAUACUGCAGUGCAGCAGGGGCAGAGCUGGCUACAACAGCACAGCUGUAUUUGGCUUGGAGUGAAGAACUGGACCAUUGCAGUCCCGGCUGGCUGUCUGAUGGCAGCGUGCGCUACCCCAUCGUAACCCCAAGGGAACGCUGUGGGGGCCCUCAACCAGGUGUCAAAACCCUCUACCGCUUCAGCAACCAGACUGGCUUCCCAGAGCCAUCCAGCCUUCAUGAUGUUUACUGUUUCAAAGAAAAUAGAAAUGAUUCCACUGACUCUUCAAUGGACUAUGUGAGCACAGAAACUGAAGACACUGAGCACAGUGUUGUUAUUCUAAUGGAAAAAGAUCAAGAACUUCAACUGAACCAACCAGCAGACCAGGUGGAGCGAGAGGCCCAAAGUCUGCUUGAAUCAUUGCCCUAUGUUUCUGUGGCUUUUACUCAAGAAAACCCAGUUGAUACACACACAACAGUUGUAUCAGGCACAACAGAGUCUCCCCUCAACACCACAUCUACACUGCAUGAGCCAUUUGACAAAACUUUAUCCCCUACAGAAAUGAGCUACAAUUCCCCGCAUCCCACAGCACUGAUGAGCAGUACUAUUGCAGAAACCUACAAUUCAACAGAAAACAUUUCCUCAGCCUAUGAAACUGAUGUUUUCCCAACUGUUGUUUUUGAAGAAGAAGCUAAUGCUGCUCCUACCUUUGCCUAUGAAGAAAAAGCUAACACUUCUUCAACCCUUGAAGAGGAAGCUGAUGUUCUCCCUACUGUUGUCCCUGAAAAAGAACGUAAUAUUUUUCCAAACAUUAGCUUGAAAGAAAAGACUUCUUCCACCCUUGAAGAAGAAGCUAGUGUUGUCCCAACGCUUGUCCUUGAACAAGCUAAUGUUACCACAGCUCUUGUCAUUGAGGAAGAAGCUAAUGUUUCCUCAGCCCUGGAAGUGGAGGCUGAUAUUGCUCCAACCCUUCUCCUUAAAGAAGAAGCAAAUGUUAUCCUGACUUAUGACUUUGAAGAAAAGGCUAAUGUUACCCCAACCCUUGACGACGAAACUAAAGUUCCCCCAAUGUCUCAAGAAAAAACUGACACCCAUGAAGACUUCACCACCUUUCCUCUCAGUUCUCAAACAUCCAAGUGGGAUCUGCCGACCACCACAACUGGACCCCAAGAAUCUCUGAAUGAUCUUGAGUACCGCCAAAAAACCUCCACAUCAGCUUUAGGUUCUCCCCGAGGUACAAAGCCCACUGAGAUGACUACCACCACAACCACAACUACCACCACCACACACUGGUCCAGACGCACCUGGAGCCCGACCACCACCACCAUGACACCCAAAGCUUUCACACCAUCAGUGGUUCACAGUCUAGGAAAUGUUGACAUUAGUUUCACCCAGCUGCCAACCCUGCUCAAAUUGCCCAAUGAGAGGGCAGCUGUAGGCGGCACAGGGAAAUCUUCAGAUGCCUGUUUGCACAACCUCUGUUCUAACGGAGGCACCUGCACAGACCGGGGCGGGCAGAUUAAAUGUCUCUGUUUGCCAACAUAUGGAGGAGACUUCUGUCAGACUGACCUGGAGCGAUGUGAACCAGGCUGGGAUAAAUUUCACGGUUUUUGCUAUCGACACUUCGGCCAGCGUCUGAGCUGGGAGGCCGCAGAGCAGCACUGCCGCAUGAUGGGAGCUCACCUGGUGUCUAUCAUGACCCCUGAAGAACAGGAUUACAUCAACAGCCACUACAAGGAAUACCAGUGGACCGGUCUGAACGAUAAGACCAUUGAGGAUGAUUUCCACUGGUCUGAUGGCAACCCACUGCUUUAUGAGAACUGGUACAAAGGGCAGCCGGACAGCUACUUUCGCUCUGGAGAGGAUUGUGUGGUGAUGGUGUGGCACGAUAACGGACGCUGGAGUGACGUGCCCUGCAACUAUCACCUUGCAUACACCUGCAAGAAAGGCACCUCCUCCUGUGGUCCACCACCGAAGGUCAGAAAUGCCUUCAUAUUUGGAAAAGCUCGACAGACAUAUGAGACCGAUGCAGUGGUGCGCUAUCGCUGUGCAGAGGGCUUCCACCAGAGGUUUAACCCCUUGAUCAGGUGUCUGUCUGUGGGUUUCUGGGAAAGACCGCAGAUCCUUUGCUUGACUGAGGAUGGAAGCCUGCCAUCCCCGACCGACAGCAAUUUUGCCGCAGCUGAAGAUGAUUUUGAGGCCACUAAAGCGAAGCCACAGUACUGGGACAUCAGGUUCUAAAAGUGAGCCAGGGUCUUCUUGUCUUGCUUUCUCAAACUCUGUUACUGUAACAUGGCGAGGUGUAAAAAAAAAAAAAAUCAGGUGCUUUUACCAAUGAACCAGUCAAACAGGACAAAAUGAACCACAGAGGCACAAAGACACAAACUGAAGCUUCCUACCAGCCAAUAAGAAUAAGACUGAGCACACAGGCAGGAAGAUAAAACAUCCUAUUUCUUGUUCUUCAUAAUAUUUUCUACUCUAUUUGGAUAAAUAUGCUUUAAAUGAUUAAUGCAGAGCAAAAAAGUUUCUUCCAAUGAUUUCUUGUUAAAUCCCUUUAGAUUGAAAAGCCAGGUCAGCUCCUGAAUCUACUUGUUUUUAUUGUUUUGUUAUAUAAAGAACCUUUUUAAAAAUGGUGCUAAAGUCUUCGAGACACUUUUAAAGUAUCCAGUAUGUUUUGCUGUUUUUGUGUCAUGUUCAUACUUUGUCAAAGAAUCCUAAAACUCCAAAGUGAACCUUCAACAAAUGCUCAAUCAAUCCUGUACAUAAUUAGUUUUCAAAUGCUGUCCGCAUUUUCCUGAGAGAAACCUUCGAUGUCCAGCAGACGCAGUUUUGUUCGUCAGCUUUAUGUUGUAAUAAAGUUUUGUAGAACAGAGCAAAGAAUAA